AUGCCACGAGUCUUGUUCCGUCCACAUAUCGUCUCGAGCCGCCUUGGAAGAGCUCCGCUCUGGCGGUCGACGACUGCAGGAUUUGCAACCGAACCCUAUCGUCAUCCCAACCCGGGAAAUUUUGCCAACCGGUCAAAGGAGGAAAUGUCCGAGAUUGGUCGCAAGGGUGGUCGCAAAGGAGGCCAAGCCAAGGGUGUUGGAGGCUUUCACAACAUGGAUCCCGAGAAACAGCAUGAGAUCGCUUCUCGGGGUGGGCGUGCCACCCGCAAGUCGGCCGAACAAGGGGCACAAUAUUAUGGAAAAGCGUCAAGGCGUUUUGGAAGUGCCCCUCGCCCUAACAAGCCUUCUGCGGCGGCCCCGGGGUUUGAGAAAUCAUGGACUUCAUAG